AUGGAAAUACCAAAACGUUUAGAAUCAUUUACUUCUUGGCCUGAAGAAUCACUACCAUCAGUUGAUGACUUUGUUCGAGCUGGAUUUUUCUAUACUGGUACAAAAACAAUUGUUACCUGUUUCUAUUGCAAUGGAUCAUUACAGAACUGGGAUUCAAAAGAUAAUCCAAUGGUAGAACAUUGUCGAUGGUUUCCAAUGUGUGCCUAUGCAAAACAGCUAUGUGGUGAUGAGUUUUAUAAAAGAAUUCAAGAAUCAAAACGAAGAUUACAAAAGCGUAAUGAAAAAAAUCAAUCGAAAAGAAAACACAGUGACUCCUCAAUAAAUAGUUCUCAAUUAUUAGUGUCAGAUGAAAAGACUUUAGCACAAAUGGUUGCUGCACGUCUUGAUUUGCCAAUAUCUCAACAAUUGCUUAGUCAAAAUUUUAAAUUAUCAAUUAUUAAACGUUGUUGGGAAGAUCAACUACGGCUGAAACAGGAUGAUUUUACGUCAGAUACUGAUCUUUUAAUUGCUUGUAUUAUUCUGCAAAAACAAAUUAUUCAUAUUGAUGGAAACAAAGAAAAUAUUAUUAUUCCAAGUAUAAAAAUGAAAUUAGAUCGUGAGAAAGAACAAACUCAAACUCUAACUUCUGAACAAUCUAAUUUAUCAUCGUCUACGGUUUCUACUGAAGAUCUAUCCACACAAAGUCAGAUUAAUACCAAGGAUAUUACGACAUCGACAACAUCAAGUAACGAGAUCAAGAAAAUGAAUUCUGAAGAUAGUUCAUCAUCAUCAUCCAAUUUAUGUGUCCUCUGUUUGACAGAAGAGAAACAAAUUGCAUGUAUUCCAUGUGGUCACUUAGCCACUUGUGUUCCAUGUGGUCAUUCACUUCGAACAUGUCCGAUCUGUCGAAAAGAAAUCAAGGCUUUUAUUCGUAUUUAUAUCUAA